UCCCCAGUAGAGGAGGCCAGGUGCAGGUACACAGCAGCACAGCAUGCAGGUUUAGGGUGUGUGUGUGACUAUUUACACUCACUUGCGAUCAUUUUAACCAGUUAACUGCUGAGAUAGUCUUAUAUUUGCCAGCCCCAGAGGCCCUGAUUGACAAGGAUAUUCCAUCAGUUGAGUUCCUUAAAUUUGCUGCUGAAUUUUGACAAAUUAACAGGGUGCACACUCCUAACCUUCAAUAUUUGCUGCUGUGAUAAAGUGUCUUUUAUCUACUGCUCCUGAUGGCUUGGAGAGGCGAAUCUUUCAAUGACACACACUUAUCAGCACAACCAAACCUUGAGAGUGGAGAUGUUUAAAUGGACACUGUCUGUGUGUGACUCAGUGUAGAGUGGUGUGCUGAGGUUUACCUCAGGACCAUCAGCAAGUAGGCUCAGUGUAGGGAGAACCAACAGUGGUGCUGUGGCCUUGUGAUUCAUGCCUGACCAUGCAGCUGCCGUGUUCAGCAGAUCCAUUUCUCCUGCUAGGAACAAAAAUACAUUACUUAGUCAUUAAUCAGUCAGUCACUUGCCUCUUUACUAGAGCUUCAUCAAUAGGUGAUGCAGUUAUCAUGGAACAGCCCAGCAACUUUGUUAUGAGUGGCUUCAUUGUUUUUUGCCUAGCAGGUCUCCAUUAUUUUGCUGAGUAGCUCCUUAGCUGUCAGUGGCCUGCUUAGAAAUAAAUUAUUAAGAGUAAAUGGAGAAAGAUCUCUACAGAUCCUGAAACAGAGCUGUCAUUUUUAUCAGCAUUUGUAUUUACAGACUAUCUCCUGCAAUCUUCUUUCCAAGAUCUGCUCACACUCUUUAACUUGACCUCCUUCGACUCCUUACUAGACACAUUACAUUGAGUUUCAUGUAGCUCAAAUGGAAAGUAGUAUAGUUUAUAUGAAAAUCUAUGUGUAUAGUCUUAUAUCUUACAUGUCUUGUACUGUCUGUUCAGUGUUUGUUUUGUUCCCGUUGUCCCUGAGUCACACUUCAUCCACAUAUGUUGUAAAAAUGUGUUGAUUUAAAUGUAUCUGCACUCACAUUGUCACAAAGAUGUUGGUACAUUAAUUGGUGUCUGAAAUGGAAAAUAAUUACUACUUUGAACAACAUGUUUUUUUUGGUUAUCAAGUAUUAUGCCACUUUCAUUUCAUUUUACAGUGGUGCAAUUAUGAUAUGCACACAUAUCCUGAAAAAUAUUUACCCUGAUUAAAAGUCAGUGACUUAACUAAAAUUGCUUUGUUUGCCAUUAGAUGACACACAUUCAGCUCACGAAAGCUGUUUUAAAAUAACCGACUUUGCCAGAAGGCAGCAGGGCAUUUGUCAGAUCAAACAAGGCACGACACAUGAGAGGCAUAUAUUAAAAACAAGAUUGUGUCUUUUGCAUUUCCUAUUAGAUAUUAACUUCCCACUUAUUUAAAAGUGUUUUAGCAAUGUAAUUUCUUUUUGUUAGAAUCUCAGAAAUUUCAGAAUAUUUUGAUAUUGAGGCUUAACCAUUUUUUCUCUUCAUUCUCACUGUUUCUUACAUCUAACGAUUUGUUUAAAGCAGAUAUAUUAUGCAACUAGUUUCUGGAUACAUAUGAUUUCAUUUUGCAUUCACACUCCAAUUUUACAUUUUUCCACAUAAACUCAAGACAUAUGAUGAGACUUUAUUUCAACAGUCAGACCUUUUGUACCUCUGCUGUACAAUAAUCAUCAUUCUCAUUUCAAAUUAAAUAAUUGUUGAGGGGGAGUGGAUGCAAAAUCACUUUGUCACUGCUGAUUUUUCUGGGGCUCACUUUCUGUUACUUCUGUCUUUCUCUCCUUUUCCUUGUUCUCUAUUGGAUGGGACCAAUCUGCAAUCACAUUAGGAGCUUGAUGAGUUGGCUGAUGAUCGGAUGGCCCUGGUGUCAGGAAUUAGUCUGGAUCCUGAAGCGGCCAUUGGAGUCACCAAGAAACUGCCCCCCAAAUGGAUAGAGGGGGUCGAUGAGAUCCAGUAUGAAAUCACACGGGUUCGGCAGAAGAUGAAGGAUCUGGCCUUACUUCAUGACAAGCACAUGAACCGACCCACACUUGACGACAGUAGUGAGGAAGAGCACGCCAUAGAAAUCACUACUCAGGAGAUUACACAGAUGUUUCAUCGGUGCCAGCGAGCCGUGACAGGUCUGCAGUCUCGCUGUGGCCACUGUACCGAGCAGGAGGAGAGGCUAUUGAGAAACGUGGUCUCGUCUCUGGCGCAGAGCCUGCAGGAGCUUUCCACCAAUUUCAGGCACACACAGUCAGGCUACCUAAAACGCAUGAAGAAUCGUGAGGAGAGAUCAAAGCACUUUUUUGACUCUGGACCUUUAAUGGAAGAGGAUGAAGAUUUAGCUGUUUAUGACAAGGGGUUCACAGACGACCAGCUGAUGCUGGUUGAACAGAACACAGUAAUGGUUGAAGAACGAGAGCGGGAGAUACGACAAAUAGUGCAGUCCAUCUCAGAUCUGAAUGAGAUCUUCCGGGACUUGGCUGGAAUGGUGGUGGAACAGGGUACCGUUCUUGACAGAAUUGACUUCAAUGUGGAGCAGGCUUGUGUGAAAACAGAAGAUGGACUGAAACAGUUACAAAAGGCGGAACAGUAUCAGAAGAAAAACAGAAAGAUGCUGAUCAUUUUGAUCCUCUUUGUCAUAGUCAUCGUUCUAAUUAUUAUUCUUUUUGGAACAAAGUUUUAAUUAAUGCAUUCCUCUGGCUUUUGUUUUCUGUGUGGGUGUUUGUUGUGCAUCUGUGUGGACUUGGACUUGGUCUCAGUUCUACUCAAAACAAAGCUGACUGCCUUUCACCAGGAAACGUCAAGAAGAAUUCCUCGUCCCUUUUGCAGGUGCACUUUUGGCUGUAUGGAGAUGUUUUGUGGUUGAUUUUUAAUGAAAGAAACAAUCAGCAAUCUGUCUGAGCCGUGGCUUCAUUAUCAAGUGACUCGCACCCAAAUCACCAAGACUCGCAACGGAGGUUCGUCAAACCCAACUAUGUUGACAUAUGUGUCUUAAAAAAAAAAAGUAAAACACUUUGUGGUGUAUAGAAAUGGACUACAAAUGUUUAAAUGCUAAAGCAGAGCAUUUUCUGCUUGAACUCAAAGCACGAAUUGUGACGUUUGUUGUGUGACAAUGCAUUAUGUCUGUCCAGUGUCAUCGCAAACAUUUCGCUUUGUUGAGGAAGACUUGACAAGAAUGACUUUUUGUGAAAGAAGCUUGUGCAGUAAAUCUUAUUUCACUGCAAAUUCAUCUUCAUUCCAACAUUACACUUAUGUCCUGGCUCAGUAUUUAACCUUGAAAGACUAAAAGAAAAUGUUUUGUUUUAGGACAGUACCAGAUAUGAUUAGAAUAGUCGUUCAGUACCAAAAAUAUUCCUUUGGUUUCAGGACCACCUAUUUUUUUUAUUUACCCAUUUAUGCUGCAAUUUAAAAAUAAUACUGAGAUCAUUGUUAGUCCACUGUCAGCCCUGAGGAGGGUGCAGACAACUUCCUCCAAUUCAUCCUGUAAUUUAAAAAUCAUACCUGCGUUACACCUGCUGCACUUUUCAUCAAGUGCUCAUUUUAAAAUACUUUAUUGUUUAUGUUUUAUGGUCCUUGCUUAAAGUGCUACCUUUUUUAAACUCUUGCAGUUUGCACAUAUUGAGGCCUGAUGGGGAGGGUGGUUGUGUUAUGGAUGUAAUACUACUGUCAUCUGUAUGAUGAAAAUAAUUAUUUAUUUUUUAAUAACUUCUAAAUAAUCAAGACGUUCAGAAAGUGUUCUGUCCCUGGCAGAAUGACUAUAUAUUGAGUAAAGUGUAUCUGUAGUCUAAACCCAACAGUUAUUGUCCACUCCACUGAGAAAACUGUGAUGUAGUCCAACACAAGCAGAUGAAUGAAGACAGAUUUAUGAUUUAAUUUAAUUUUUUUUCAUUUCAGAUUGAACACGUUGCUUUAGUUGGCUGUGUUGGAAUUUCUUUUCAUGUUCUUGUGUUCUUUAAAGACUGAUGAGCGAAAAUGAUGAAGAGCUUUAUUCAACAUAUCUGUACUCGACUCUACACUUUAUACACGUUAAAUCAUCUUUGUCAUUGAUGUGAAGUUAUGUGUGAAAAAUGGUUAUGUCUUAGUGGUACUCUACUUAAGUUUUGUUAUCCAAACAAAACGGGUGAGGAGACAGCAACUUGUUGUUUUUUUUUGUUUGUUUGUUUUUUUAAAUAAACCUGGAACAUGA